UGGUGGCUCAGAGGGCUGGAAGGGUCCAUCCUGCACUGUAUUUCAAAAUAAAGAUGGCACGGCCUGGAUUGUGGGGACUUUUGAUGGGUGCUGCCACCUUGAGGUAGUGAUACUACCAGUAGUGUGGAAGGGUGUGCCUGCAAUGUCCAGUGCUCUGCUUUCUACAACCUUUUAUAUUUCUGUGCAUUGAAAUUGCUGUAGCAGACUAGGAUGCAAUCAGUUUUGUUAUUUUAACAGUACAUCUGUAUUAGUUGCCACAAACUAACAAAGAAGCCAUACCUCCUUAACCACCAAAGGGAAGUGUGUCUUUUUCAUUACCUUCGUACAAUUGCAUCUGUGUUUUGAUGGGCAGUCUUACUGUGAAUGGCUUUGUUGCAGAAAACUUCCGUGCGUUAUGCACAGGUGAGAAGGGUUUCGGUUACAAAGGCUCAACAUUCCACAGAAUCAUUCCUGAAUUCAUGUGCCAGGGUGGUGACUUCACAAGGCAUAACGGCACUGGAGGCAAGUCCAUCUAUGGGGAGAAGUUUAAAGAUGAGAAUUUUCAGCUGAAGCACACAGAUGCAGGCAUCCUGUCCAUGGCCAAUGCCGGACCAAAUACAAAUGGAUCCCAGUUCUUCAUAUGCACCUCAAAGAAUACUUGGUUGGAUGGGAAGCAUGUUGUGUUUGGAUCAGUGCUAGAAGGCUUGGACGUGGUAAGGAAGAUGGACAAUUAUGGCAGUGUGAGUGGAAAUCCCAAGGCCACGGUUACAAUCACUGAUUGUGGGCAGUUGUCCUGAAUUAUUUGAAUUUAAAUAAAGUGUGAUUGCUUGGAACAUCAA